AUGCUUCACUCUCUGUGUCUCUGUUAUGCCUCUCUCUCUAUCUCUCACUUAGGCGCUCUUCUCUGUCUCUCGUUCAUGAGUCCUUCUCUCUCUCUCGUUUAUGAGUCCUUCUCUGUCUCUCUCUUACAGGCCUCUCUCUGCUUCUAUCUUAUUCGUCACUCUCUAUAUCGCUCCUAUGCGCCCUUUCUGGCGUCCCUGUUUGUCUCUCCUUUAUACGUCACUCUCUAUAUGCGUCCCUCUAUUUCUCUCUUGAAACCUCCCUCUCUGUCUCUCUCUUAUGCCUCCCUCUCUGUCUCUCUCUUAUAUGUUCAUCUCUGUGUCUUUCUAAUGCGUUACUUUCUAUAUCGCUCUGAUGCUUCCUUCUCUGCCACACUUUUAUAUCCCUCUCUCCCUUAUGCAUCCCUCUCUAUCCAUCUCAUAUACAUCCCUCUCUGUUUCUUUCUUAUCCGUCACUCUCUAUAUCGCUCCAUCACCAUACCGCGUCCAUCUCUGACUUUCUUUUAUUGGCCCAUCCCUGUUUCUUAUACGUCUCUGCUUCUUUCUUUUUAA